AUGCACGAGACAGUAACAUUAUCACUUUCUCACCUGGCAAACCAUGUCACCACACACUUAUACAAUAACCAAGAGUCCCACAUAAGUUAUCGUAAAGGGCAAAGCACAGGGUAUGAUAAUACUGUGUACUUAGCAGCAAACCCAACAUACCAGGGCACCAUAAACUAUAACCCCCGAGCCAUAUUGUAUGAACUUAAUGGAGGAUCAGGAGCGUUAGGGAAAUAUGAAUAUUAUGAUCCCGAAAUAAUAGGAGCUAAACAACAAGAACAAGAGGAGAUUGGUAACAAUAAUUCGAUUGAAAUCAUUAAAUCACCUACCAAAGUGGAAAAAAAUCAAUAUCAAAUAGCUCUUGAUUCAGGUAAGGUCAAAGGAGGACUUCUUACAGUUGAGAAUACCAAGUAUUGGUCAGAUUAUAACAAAUUAAUUUAUAAGCCUAAAUCAUUGAAUUCAUUGACCAAUUGGAACCAUGACCCACAGAAUGAUUUAGGAUUCAAUAAACAUGGUAAGGAGAGAAAAUUUGAUACUUUCCAUAUUGGAUCAGAAGAAUAUAAACAAGGGAAAGAUAAUAAUGAAGAUGAAGAUCUGAUUGAACUUUUCCGAUCAUUUUUAGAAGAAUGUGAUUUAUUCCAAGGAAUGAAUAUUUUAACUGAAGUUGAUUCUGCAUGGGGUGGGUUUAGUAAUGAAUAUUUAACUGAAUUAAAAGAUGAAUAUUUCAAUAAUGGGGAUUCCAAAUAUAGUUUUUGGAUUUGGGGGUUAUAUAAUUGUAAGAAACCAAUGGAUUUUAAAUUGAAGAAUUCACGUAUAAAGACCACUUUGGAACUAUUGAAAAAUUCCACAUUAUACUUCCCAAUAGCUGAUCCCAAUAUCAAUUUAAAGAAUAAUACUAUAUUGAAUGAUAAAUUUGACAAUAAGAGUUUAUGGCAUUCGAGUGCAUUGAAGUCGUUACCAAUUGAUAGUUUAUGGACAAUUACCAGUCGUCUUGAUAACCCCAUUGGUAUGAGUCAGAUUGAAGACGAUUUAUUAAGAGGAUACAAGAGUAGAAACAUGGUGAGUGAAAUUAAAUUAGUGGAUCCAUCAUCACUGGAUCAAACUGGGGCAAAUAAUGUACUUGCCUCUGGAAUAGGUAACAUAUUGAUUGAUACUUCCUCAUCUUCCGGAUCACCAUAUGAUUUAUAUGCCAAUGCCACGGCUUUUUCUGAUUCUAUGGUUCCAAAAAAUGAAGAAAAAUCUGUUCAAUAUACUCAACCAUUGUAUGAAAAACUCGAUGGUAAGUAUUUUGCAAAGACUUAUAUCGUACCAACGGAAGUUAAUGCAGACCUUGAAUUAAUGAAUGUUGAGCAACUGAAAUUACAAAAUCGAUUCCCAAUUAAUGAAUAUAAGCUGGUAAAAUCUAGUAUUGCAACCAAUUACACGUUUCCCGACAUUCUUAAUAAUCAAACUUCUAUAGUGAACGAAUUUGGAAUUUGUUCCAAACCACGAGCCCUUUUCAAAGAUUAUAAAAAGUUUUUGGAAAGAAGUAGUAGAAUUACCAGUAGAGCAUACAGCUACGACGUUGAUUUGGAUGAUCAGAGUUCUUUAAUUGAAGAAGCCAACAAUAUGAUCGAGGAUUACACGUAUGAAUGGGAUGAUGACGAAGACGAAGAAGAUUGGGACUAA